GUGUUUUUUCAAUUGAUUUUUCAUGAAAACAAAAGUAAUGGUUAAAAGAAAAGAAAGCGUUCACCGCUGUGACCAUUUUCUUAUCCAUAGUGGGGGCAAUCAUGGUGGUGCUGCCUCGCGUGACGAACGCCCUGCCGCACGUGCGGGCCCAUGCACUCUCAACUGCCACUGCCACUGCCAGCUAUUACUUCAAUUUAAAACCCAAGGCCAAGAGCACCGACUCCACAACCACUCCAGGAUCCCUCGCAUCAGCUGAUUCCAGGAUGGAAUAUUCCGACGACGCCGCGAAAAUUCGCUCCGAGUUUCUGCAACUCCUACGCAAUCGUAGAACUGCUCAAGUUCCUCUUUCUGUUGAACCUGCGCAACCUGUACGAGAUCCAUUAUAUCAAGAAACGCCUAAGCCAACCUUCAGUGAGGCAAUGGAGUCUUGUCCGAAGAAAGAGAUUCCAAAUUUUAAGGAACGUCUUCAAGAGGAGAACUUUUACCUGACAACUGAGGCAGGGGAGCAAGGGCGCUUGCCUGUUCUGCUAUUGAAAUUGAAAGAAAACAAUCUGAAGAGAAGGCCCGUAAUUGUUUUCUUGCAUAGUACGCAUAAAUGUAAAGAGUGGUUGCGGCCUUUACUUGAGGCAUAUGCUUCAAGGGGUUAUAUUGCUGUAGCAAUUGAUUCUCGCUACCAUGGAGAGCGUGCAAGAAACUUGACAACUUACCGAGAUGCUCUGGUGUCAUCGUGGAAAAAAGGCGAUACGAUGCCUUUCAUAUUUGACACGGUUUGGGACUUAAUAAAAUUGGCGGAUCAUCUUACACAAAGGGAGGAUGUGGAUCCUUCAAGGAUAGGAAUUACCGGCGAAUCACUUGGAGGAUACUCCGCAUGGUUUGGUGCUGCUGCUGAUACUCGCUAUUCGGUGGCUGCGCCUAUAAUUGGUGUUCAGGGGUUUAAAUGGGCUAUUGAACAUGACAAGUGGCAAGCUCGGGUUGACAGCAUUAAGGCUGUAUUUGAAGAAGCAAGAAUUGAUCUUGGAAAAAGUGCAAUCGAUAAAGAAGUGGUGGAGAAGGUGUGGGACAGGAUAGCUCCUGGUUUGGCUUCUCACUUUGAUUCACCUUACACAGUUCCUGCUAUUGCCCCACGUCCUCUGCUCAUUUUGAAUGGCAAAGAAGACCCUCGUUGCCCCUUGGGUGGAUUGGAACAUCCAGAAUCAAGAGCAAGUAAGGCUUAUGAAAAAGCCGUUUCGAUUGAAAACUUUAAGCUGGUAGCCCAACCGGGGAUUGGACAUCAGAUGACACCUUUGAUGGUUAAACAAGCCAGUGACUGGUUUGAUCAACACCUUGCCCCAUGAGGGUAACAUUCAUCGAUAAACAAUGCAUUUCUGUGUACUACCAAAUCAUGCUCUAAAACUUAAACUGCAUGCUACUGUAAAUUUUACUCUUUGGAAAGGAAUAAAGAUUAUCCAUCAAA